CUAAUUACACCAUCAUUACCCAUAAAACCACCCCAUCACCCAACCCUACCUAUCUUUGAUGUUCUCAUCACUCAAAGAACAUAAUAUUCUUUUUCUCUACCCAAUUUCCUCUCAUUCCCCAAACAAACCCCAAGACCCAAAAUGUCACAACCCCUUGAAGCAUACCCUAAUCCUGUCAUGAGAUCACAACCAACUUCUUCCAACUCCAACGGUUCGUUUGGCCCUGUUUUCAUAGUCUUGGCCGUGAUCCUCGUGGUAUCCGCCGUGGCCUGCGUGCUGGGACGGCUGUGCAGCAGGCGGCACCACCGUGGGAAGGAGGUGCACCACCACCACAACCCCAAGGCCAAUAAUAAUAAGCAGAGUCACGGCGGGCUAGGGCCUAAAGAGUGGGAGUCCAGGCAAAAGCCAAGCUUCAACAUGAGAGAUGGGGACAUAGAGUUCGGGUUCGACGUCAAGCGAAUGCCUUCAGCUAAAAUGGCCAACCACGGAGGAGGAAAGGGUGUGCCACCUCAUCAUAACGGCGCCGGACACAAGCCGGAAGUUAGAUUUGCAGAUAAUGUGUAGCUAGCUAGGGAUGUUAAUUGAUGAAGAUGCAUGCAUGGAUGGUGUGGUGUUGAACAGAGGAUCUCCCUCAAGGUUAUAAACAUAGAUAUCGAUCUACUAGUAUAUAUAGUUGAUGUUCUUCAAAUAUAGCAUGGUUAAUUAGUUGUGCCCAAUUUGCAAAUUAAUUAAGGAUUGUGAAAUGUUAAAA